GAUACAAACAAACAGACAGACAAGCCAAAUUUAUAUAUAGAUAUAGAUGAAAAUACAACAACAAAAUUUUAUUCCAGAAAAUGCUGAAAAGCAAUAAAUGGGGAAAAUAUUUGGAGAUGUUCUGAAAAUGAUUUAACACCUCCUCAAGAUGGGAAAUACAUUAUGUACAGAUAUAAAAGCUUGGGAACCUAGGAAUAAAUAUGGACAAACCAUCUAUGUUGUCGAAGGAAGAAGUCCUUCCCCCUCUGAAAUCCAAGGAUGGGAUGAUAUUCCUAUAGUUAUACUUCAGCAUAUUCUGAAGUAUUUGCAUUUGGAAGAUCUGAAGACAUUUCGCCAAGUUAGUUCAACCAUGAGAAGAAGAAUUGAUAAAAUUAACAACUCCUUCACAAAUUGGACAUUAGGGGACAUCAAACUAGAGGAAUUCAGUAAAUUCUCCAGAGAUGUCUCCAAAAUUAAAGAAGUGGAAGUUGAAAGUUUGAUGGGGGAUACAAGAGACUGUGAUGAAAGUGUAAAGUGUUUAGUGGAGAGACAUCCCGAAAUAGAAUCAAUUAAAAUUGGAGUUCUUUAUGGAAAUCUGAACAGGAUAUCUGACGAAGGACUUCAAGCCAUCUUGACGUUGAAACAUCUAAAGACAGUAAAAUUGUACAACACUGGUAUAACAGGGGAAGGUGUUGAUGACCUUUUAAUUUCAGCUUUGAACAUUCAAACCUUUGGGAUUAUCAACUGUCAUGGAUUGACAGAUGAAGGGCUGGCGGAGGUUCUCAGAGUUAUAGGGGUAAAUCUUGAGCGGUUAUAUCUUCGCUCAACUGGUAUUUCUGGAGAAUACAACUUCCCUGCUACAUUUCCCAAUAUAUUGGAGCUGAAUCUGUUUUACUGCUGGAAUCUCUCAGACAGAGGUCUUUGCAUAUUUCUGAAGAAGUGUGGUCCUAAACUCAAGCAGUUAGACUUGGGAUGUAACAACUUCACAGGCGAGAGCCUUGCAGAGUUUAGUGGCUCUUUUCCCAAAGUAGAAAAGCUGAAUCUGGAAUAUUGCAUGCACUUGACAGAUAGCGGACUUUGUAACAUACUGACAAUAUUUGGCAACUCCUUGAAAUAUCUGGAUCUAAACACUACGCCCAUUACUGGAGAAGGAUUAUCAGAGUUCAGAUUAACUCUGUCAAACCUACAAAGGCUUGAUUGUUAUGGCUGUAGGUCUCUGACAGAUAAAGGGUUGUGUGAAAUAUUCCGUAUUUGUGGCGGUUCUUUGUCCGCCUUAAAAGUGCUCCACACAUCAGUGUCGGGAGAAGGCCUUUCAGAAUUCCAGGACAGUCUUCCAAACAUUACUAAACUGGAUUUUUCCUGUUCAAAUUUAACAGACCAGGGAUUGAUUGAGCUCUUUCGAAUCAGCGGAAAUAAUCUUAAAACCUUAGAUAUUCAAGAGACUAAAAUCACUGGCGAAGGACUCGCUAAAUAUGACUCAACUGAUCUCAGCAUUGAGCAACUUAAUUUGCUCUGGUGUGAAAGUUUAACUGACAGAGGCCUUAAUGAAUUUCUCCGACUUUUCAGUCACAGUUUAAAGCUGCUGAACAUAGGCUACACAAGUCUAACAGGGAAGUUUCCCUUCAAAGGUACAAUGGCGAACAUAGUCAAGUUGGACUUGUCAGGCGAGUCUAUCAGAGACAAGGUUCUCUUCAAGAUGUUGGCAGCUAGUGGACCCAAUCUUAGAUACUUAGACCUUAGAUCUUCUCACGUUACAUGUGAAGGCUUGACAGCCUAUGACACAAAUAUGUCCUCUAUUGUUGAAAUUAAUCUCUCUCACUGCAAAUACAUCACAAACAAAGGUCUAUUUGAGGUAAUGGAGUUAUGCAAGGACAGCCUUCACUACCUGGAUAUAAGCAACACAAUAGUGUCUCUGGAUGGAAUAGGGAAGUUUCAAGCUAACCUUAAUACUUUAGAAGAACUAAAUUUGUCUGGCUGUGAAAAGAUAAACGACCAAAAGUUGAAUGAACUGCUGCGUAUAUCUGGUGACGCUUUAAAGCGUCUGCUCCUAGAUGGAACAAGCAUUUCAAACAAGUACAAAGUAGAAAUAAGUGAGAAAUAUCCAGAUGUAUCUAUAUCAUAAGUUCUAAUGCAGGAUAACCAGAUCACCAUAUUUUUAUCAUAGAAUUUUUAUUUUUCAAUAGUCAUAUGUUACAGAAA